GCUCUGGCGCUGGUGUCCGCCGGUGUCCGCCGCGGCUUAGGCUUGUUCCUGAUGUCGGUCUGGUCGGGCGUCGCUCUGUCCUCGCUUGCCCUCCCGCCCGGGGCCAUGAAGCACUAGAGCCCUGCGGGUGCAGUAAUCCUUCGCCGCCAGCAUGUUCGGCCGCUCCCGCAGCUGGGUGGGCGGCGGGCACGGGAAGGCCGCCCGCAGCAUCCACUCCUUGGAUCACCUCAAGUACAUGUAUCAUGUUUUGACUAAAAAUACAACAGUAACAGAUCACAACCGCAACCUGCUGGUAGAGACUAUUCGUUCUAUAACAGAGAUCCUUAUAUGGGGAGAUCAGAAUGACAGCUCAGUAUUUGACUUUUUCUUGGAGAAGAAUAUGUUUGUUUUUUUCUUGAACAUCUUGCGUCAGAAGUCUGGUCGUUACGUGUGUGUACAGCUUCUGCAGACUCUGAACAUCCUUUUUGAGAACAUCAGUCAUGAAACAUCACUGUACUACCUGCUCUCUAAUAACUAUGUAAAUUCUAUUAUUGUCCACAAAUUUGACUUUUCUGAUGAGGAGAUCAUGGCAUAUUACAUAUCAUUUUUGAAAACUCUUUCCCUGAAACUCAACAAUCAUACUGUACAUUUCUUUUAUAAUGAGCACACUAAUGAUUUCGCUUUGUACACUGAAGCUAUUAAAUUUUUUAACCACCCAGAAAGCAUGGUCAGGAUUGCUGUUAGGACUAUAACUUUAAAUGUCUACAAAGUGUCAUUGGACAACCAACCUAUGCUGCAUUACAUUAGAGAUAAAACUGCUGUCCCUUAUUUCUCCAACCUCGUUUGGUUUAUUGGAAGCCACGUGAUAGAACUGGAUAACUGUGUGCAGACUGAUGAAGAGCACAGAAAUAGAGGCAAACUGAGUGACCUGGUAGCAGAACAUCUUGAUCAUUUACAUUACCUUAAUGAUAUCCUUAUCAUUAACUGUGAAUUUUUAAACGAUGUGCUGACAGACCACCUACUUAAUCGGCUCUUUCUUCCCCUCUAUGUGUAUUCACUAGUCAAUCAGGACAAGGGUGGAGAGCGUCCAAAAAUAAGCCUCCAAGUUUCUCUCUAUCUUCUUUCCCAAGUUUUCCUAAUUAUACAUUAUGCCCCUUUGGUGAACUCAUUGGCUGAGGUUAUACUUAAUGGUGACCUCUCGGUGUUUUCUUCUAAAGUUGAGCAAGAUGUACAGAAAAACUCGGCAAAGUCAAGUAUCAGAUGUUUCAUAAAACCAACAGAAACACUUGAGAGGUCUCUUGAAAUUAACAAACAGAAGGGGAAGAAGAGAGUGCAGAAAAGACCCAACUAUAAAAAUGUUGGUGAAGAAGAUGAAGAGGAGAGAGGAUCUGAAGAUAACCAAGAUGACCUAGAUAAAACUAAAGAUAGAGAAGCGAGUUCAAAGGGCAUCCGAACAAGCAGUGAAAAUGAAGAAAUAGAGAUGGUAAUCAUGGAGAGGUGUAAACUGUCAGAAUUGCCCAUCUCUACUGUGACAGAACAGAAUACAACAGAUGAAGAAAAGAGUGCAGCUGCCUCUGGGAGUGAGAUAACAAACUGGAACAGGCCUUUUCUCGAUAUGGUCUAUAAUGCACUGGACUGUGCUGAAGAUGAUUACUAUGCCCUCUUUGUGCUCUGUCUUUUAUAUGCAAUGUCACACAACAAAGGAAUUGACCCAGUCAAGCUGGAGAGAAUUCAACUUCCAGCUCAACAUGCUGAAGAGAGAAAUUCAUAUAAUCAUGUGCUUGCAGAAGGGCUCAUCAGGAUAAUGAAUUAUGCUGCACAACCAGAUGGAAAAAUCCGUUUGGCAACUUUAGAACUUGGCUGCCUGUUGCUGAAGCAGCUUGUGUUCUCUAGGAACAGCAGCAUCAUAAAAGAUGUUCACCUUGCUUGCCUUGAGGGUGCAAGGGAGGAAAGCGUUCAUCUCCUUCGUCGUUUCUAUAAGGGAGAAGAAAUUUUUCUGGAUAUGUUUGAAGAUGAAUACCGGAGCAUGACAAUUAAACCCAUGAAUGUAGAGUAUUUGAUGAUGGAUGCCUCAAUCUUAUUGCCUCCAACGGGGACACCACUGACUGGUAUUGAUUUUGUGAAAAGAUUGCCUUGUGGAGAUGUAGAAAGAACACGAAGAGCAAUCAGAGUUUUCUUUAUGCUCCGUUCGCUAUCGCUGCACUUGCGAGAUGAGCCAGAAACUCAGUUACCGCUCACAAGGGAGGGAGAUCUGAUAAAGGCAGAUGAUGUUCUCGACUUGAAUAACAGUGAUCUAAUUGCUUGUACAGUCAUAACAAAGGAUGGCGGUCAAGUUCAAAGGUUCCUGGCUGUGGAUAUAUACCAGAUGAGCUUGGUUGAGCCAGAUGUUGCCAGGCUUGGAUGGGGUGUAGUUAAGUUUGCAGGCCUUUUGCAGGAUAUGCAGGUGACAGGAGUGGAGGAUGACAGCAGAGCUCUGAACAUAAUAAUUCAUAAGCCUGCCUCAAGUCCUCAUUCUAAGCCCUUCCCUAUCCUUCAGGCUACAUUUAUUUUUUCGGAUCACAUCCGCUGCAUUAUUGCAAAGCAGCGUCUUGCAAAAGGCCGUAUCCAGGCUCGACGUAUGAAAAUGCAGAGGAUAGCAGUUCUGCUGGAUCUUCCUGUUCAGCCUUCAACUGAAAUUAUGGGUUUUGGACACAGCUCUUCAGCUACAGCCCAACACCUUCCAUUUAGAUUUUAUGAUCAGUCACGGCGUGGUAGCAGUGAUCCUACAGUGCAACGCUCUGUUUUUGCAUCUGUUGACAAAGUUCCAGGUUUUGCUGUAGCCCAGUGUAUAAAUCAGCACAAUCCAUCACCACUCUCAUCACCGUCACCUUCCAGUGGCAGUGGGAGUACGGGGCGCUGUGAUUCAGUGGCUGCAAGCUCAACGUCCACCCCUUCUGCUGCACAGAGCCCAUCAGUAAGGUCUGGCAGGAAAGGACGUCGGCGGGUGUUUAGUCUGUCGGAGGCUGACAGUCACGGUGGACACUGGGUUUAGGUCUUCAAGCAGCAGCUGCAACAGAAACUCACGCAAUAUCAUUUCAGAUGAUGCUUCAGCUCCAGAGCAGCCUCAGAUGACCAUUUCUGGUCAGACGAUGUUGACUGAUGAAACUCUUUCAGCUGUCUCAAAGUCUAGCAAGAAUGCUGUAAAGAGCAGUGACAUAGAAACAGCAAACCUUUCUCCUAGCCUGAUUCCUGCGCAGCAGCCCACAAUAUCACUAAUAACAGAUGACAAUACAGAUGCGCUAAGUGUAGAGUCACUUACACUGGUGCCACCAGUUGAUCCACACAGCAUUCGAACAUUCAGCUGCAUUCCUCAGUCCUCUUUGCAAUCUGAAGCUGAAGUUUGCAAUGUAAAAGAGGUGGAGGAAGGAUGUUCUGACUAAAGCCAACCUGCAGACUGUGAUAAACAGUGAAGCAAAUGCAACCAAAUUCUUUGUUGUUUUUCCUUUGGGAGUGCAGAUACUUCUUGAAGCCUCAGAGGCCGUCUGGUCCACUAGAAGAGGUCCAUCGUGAAAGAGAAUGUGGGCAGCUUUUAGAGUAAACAUCAGAUGUUCAGCAUAUUUAAACUGGAGAAGAAAAAAGCUCAACUUUUAAAUCUGCACUGGUUGUUUCUUACUAAUUCAUGUUAUACAGGAACAUGAAAGUAUUUCAGAGCACCUACUCUCUUUCUAGUGUAGAGUUCCAGCUGCAGGAUCUAAGUUAAUUAUAAAAGGUCUACAGUAUUAUGGCAAAAUGAAGACAUUUUUGGAUAACUGGCUUCAGGAUAUUGUAUCAUUACUUCUCUGAAACUGGAGACAUACCACUGACCAGAAAAAAAUAAUAUAUUGUAGUACAGAGAUAACAUUUCCAUUUGAGACAUGGUGUGUUUUUCAGCUUGGGUUGUUUUGUUGUUUGUAUUCCAAAAUCCUGAUCUCAUUCAUCUUGUGGAGGUCUGCAUGAUACCAGCAGGCUUGGCCACUUUCAGUGUUGUCUUUGUUAGGACUCCAGUCUUCAGUAUUUGUGUUUUCCAUGUAUAAUAUUUAUUUCCAGGUUUGAUCCAAAACAAGAUAUAUAUCGAACAAUGUUUUUUAAAUAUAAAAGCCUAAAAUUUAAUGACAAAUGCUUAUACAAAUUAACAUAAGAGAGUUUUGAGACUACUUCAGUCUUUGGUUAAUCAGCUACAGAAAAUGUGAAAUAUCGUAUGAGAUUGCUGUAACUUGUUUCUUCACUUCUGACAGUCGAAUUGCUACACUUCUGAGGAGUGGUGAUAUCCUUUCUACUAAAGGACAAUUUCUAGAAGGAGAUGGAAGCAGUUUAAAGAGGUUUUUUUAAAUUUUUCGUCUUCAUGUAGGAAGGAGGUCAUCACAUCUAACUGAUAAGUCCUUUGCAAGUCUGAAACUCAAAAGGAAAGGUAUUGUGUAGUUCUUUUCCUGUCUGGGAUAGUAUUGCAGUUAAACAACAUUGCUACAUUAAAAUGAUUCUGAGUUUAUGCUUGCCUUACUUUGCUGCCUAGAUCCUGAUACCAAGUUGACAGUAGUGGGAAAGUGUUGAUUAAAGUUUGGAAUGUUCCUUGCUGACUUGAUACAUAAUUUAACAUGAAUGAAAUUUGAGAUUUCUCAUCAGUUUCCAUGUGUGUUAGUUAAAAUUACUAGUAAAAUGAGCAGACUUUCAUUAUUGCUCCGCUCCUAACAUUGAGUGGUUUCUGGCUCCCAAAGAUUGAAGACUACUGUUUACUUGGUGGUGUGAUUUCAGUCAUCAGUGCAAUCUGUUUCCUUAUUCAGUCUCUACUAACACUGAUUUCAUAUCAAGUAGGUGAAUCUGGAAAACUUUCACCUACUUCAGAGUCUCUUCUUUUACCACUUCCUGGGCUGUCACAUGGAAUACUUGAUGGGAUUUUGAAUGUUAUAUUUAUAUAUGAGAUUGACUAAUCCACAAGUGUAACUUUGGUCACUUUUUCAAUCUUUUCCUUCACAUAAUAAUCCUUGUAAAAUGUGUAUACAAGAUGUCUCCUAUUGAACACCGGCAGGUUUUUUUUCUUCCCUUACUAGCUUUUACAUGCAAUUCUGUUGAAUUCUAGUUUUCUGUGACUUCUACUUUCUCUCAAAUUGGAUUAACCAAUAUUCCAGCCAUUCCAAACUCUAAAUGGAUUCUGAGAGUUGGGUGUCCUCAGCACUGCUAUGGAUAUGGGAUGAGAAUUUGGCAUUGCUGGAGUAAGAGCCUACUUUUUAUUUUUCAUCAUAUGCUUGGGGUGAGUUUACACCUGCAGUCACUGUGCAGCUAAUGUGCAUGUACCUGAACAAGUUUAGACAUCAGUAUCAAUUUGGGCACAAGGACCACAUAAAUUUUUUAUUAGCUGAACUGAUCACAGUCUAGACUUCCUUCUAGUAUGUUGCAGCGUUACAUUGUAGCCUCAGUAAUAUUUUGAACAUCAUUAUAAAAAAUGCCUUACUUAAUUUGAAAGCAUUUUAUGUUAGUUGUUAACCUUAAAUCAUGACCUAGAUUACACAAAAUGCCACUGUGCAGGCUGAGUUCCCUUAAAUAGAAUUAAUUUUAGACAGGAAAACCUUGAUCUUUAUCUAAUUUCAAAUUCAGUUCUAGGAAGAUUAGGACCGUGCAAAAGGAGUCUUUAUACUGGUGUGUAUAAUCUUACCUUUGAGCCAUACUGCACAAGAAAUGAGGUGGAGAGAAAGCUGACUUUGUGCUUUUCAUUGCCUUUGAGUGGCUUUUAAAUCUCAUGACCAGUUAUCUCCCGAGAGCUUCACAGGAAAUGACUGAGAUACAUACUAUUUUUAGGAAAAUAGAAGACUUGUCUACUCUCUAGUCCACUGCUGGCAGAGCCAUGCUGGUCAAGGAGUGGUAAGGUAGGAUAUCUUCUAGCAGUUCUAUCCAAAAGCUCCCUGCAAAGAUGGAGUUGCACUAGGAAAGCUCUGACUGCACCAGCUCUACCACUGUUGUUUUAUAAACACUACAACCAGUACAGACCAACCUGUAUCUCUGGUUAUGCCACAGAAGCAAUUGAAUUUAUUUUUUUUUUUUACCUGUUACUUGCUUUUUCUAUUAAGGCAUAUGGUACGACUGUGCAUCAUGCUGCGUUAGGAGACUUCAGAAUGUAAAAGCUCUGGAGAUGCUGAAGUAAUCUGUCAUCAGCAGUCUGUUAUCUCUCCAAGUACGGUGUUAUUCGUCUGCAGUUCCUUGAAGAGUAUCGCAUGUAUCUCAUCCUUAUCAGAAGAGCUCUAGGGCUGUUUCCUUAUACCCCUUUCACUGUAAAAAGGAAACUCAACCAAGAAAGCAUUAGCACAUCAGCCACAAAUGUAAUUUUUUUUCUAAACGAAUGUUGACACGAGUUAGUGUAACAUCACUCUUUUUAACCAAAUCCAAAUACCAAGUUGCAAAUGAGAGCAGCAGCUAAACAACUGGCUGUUCAAAAGGCUCACUAUUCUGGUGUAAUACUGCAGAGGGAGGUAGAAUCACUCUAAAAUAAGUAUAGCAGUGUUCCAGAGAAAAAUGCCAACAUUUUGGAGAUGCUAAAUUCUCAGUGUUUGUUUGUAGAGGCUAUGUCUGUCUUCAGCCAUAUUCUCUUAACAUAAAACAGUUCUAUUUUUCUCUUCCUUUUGAGAAGAGAAGCCAAAGAAGCUAAGGCACACUAAAUGUUACUUUGCUAUUUUAUGGUCUCUGUGGCUCAUUUUAUCAAAUUUUACCAAGAUAUCACUUGUUUAACAGAACUAUGUGUUGCCUUCACUGUUAGGUCUCACUGCCUCUCUCUGGUCCCUUGGCUUUUCUGUCAUGCAGCGUACAACAAUAACAAGACUCAAGCUUUUCACCUGUGAAGAGUGUAAUGGCAGCAUACUCUUGGUAAUUUGGUAAAGAAGGGGAGGGAAGAAACAUUAGUGCCCAAUUCUGAUGUCUAUUUCACCAUGGAAGUAAUGCUUGCAGUGUGAAACCUGUGUGUGAAAAUUACUUAUUUGCAGAAUUUCUUUGAUGUAGGAAGAAACCAAAGGUUAAGCUUCCUGUGUUCCAUUUUACAAGCUGUGUGGAUUAAACCAAAUUCAUUAGAACUGUGUUCACAUAUGUUAAUACUGAAAGCUGUAUUUUUGUGUGUGAAAUAAUGAAUUAUAUAUAAGGACUGAGCUUAUUUGUAUUCCCCCCUGCUAAUUCAUGAUAAACUAAAAUUCUGACUUCCUUAAAUUAAGCUGAGUUAAAAAUAAACAAAUAAAUACAAAGUGACACCUGUUAAAGAAGCUCCUCAAUGUUCUUUGCUUUACAGCACAGUUGGAAUUUUUCUUGAGGUCACUUGGUAAGGAAGUUUUGGGAAUAUCUUCCAGAAUUAAUUUAUCCUUAUCCAGUAUUGUUGCUAAAGAGCAGGUAUGUGACAUUUAAAAACUCUUCUUCUGUAUCCAGAAUUUAAGACUUAAAGCUAGAUCAGUAUUCAGAGUUUUAAGUCAAUGUCCAGCGAUUCAUAUGACCCCUUUGCCUCACAGAGACAGAAUAUAGGGGGAAAUAAUGGUUUUUUGUAGAUUUGAAGUGUUCUUGUGUGUAGAAUUUGAAAACUGGUAGUUAAAAUAGUUUGUUUAUAGCAAAACCAGCAAUCUUUAGGAUUGAAAUUACUGGGGCGGUGGGCAUUUCUAAUUAAGCAGUGACUGUAAUUUCCACACUUCCUGCAAGUGGCCUGGGAUGAUUACUUUAAGCGAUCUAAGAAUUCAGUAUUUGUCCUGCAGUUGAGUGUCAUUUUGCUAGUAGUAAAUUAAAUUUCAAGCAAUAUGCUUGAAGACAUAGGUAAGCGAUCAGACAAGCAAGGCAAACUGUAAGUACGAAGCCACUCUAUGAAAGUAAACACUUUAAUACCAUGGGCUGUCAGUGCUCUAGUGUAAUCAGUCACUCUUUUUGCUGCAUGCGUUAUAGGUAAAUGACUACAGAAUAGCCUAAUGCAUAGUUUUACUAACCUGCACAUAGUACUCUUAAAAAAACCCGAAAAACAAAAAACCCACAAGGCUAAACAUUCUGAUGUUGUCUUCACUAAAGUUAAACGGGGAGUUGCUUUUAAAAGAGAAUUGCACAGGCAGCUGUUAUAUAGAAAACCAUUAGUCCUUUAGUUGAAUCAAAGGGACAUCAGACAGGGGCAUCAGUAUCGCUGAGAUCUAGACAUUGUGCCUCAAAGAUAAUGAGCCUCCUUGAUGAGUCUUCUCAUUUUUAGGCAACCUAAUGUUAGGCAUCUAUAUGUAUGUUGAAGAUCCUCUUCCUAUCUGUUACUCUCUUCUUGAAACAAUUUUUUGGUAUGUCACUGUAUAGCCAUCACUGGCUUACCCUAGGAUGUCACUAACCUGGGCACUGCACUUCUGUUACCUGGAAGUCUUUGGAGUGUUUCUCCUAUGCUUGCCUGCUCUAUUGCUCUGACCUUUCCCAACAUUUGCAGCAUGAAUUAGAAAGAAAUAUAGUAAUUCUUACUGUCUCAGAAUAAUAACUCUUUCUUACUUUCUCCUAUUGGCUUCUGAAAAGCAGAUGGUGAUCCAAGCAGGGCUUGUGAGGGUGGGAUGUUUUUAGGGAUGGGUGGGGGGAAGUGCUUGAGUUUUUUCCUGCUGCUCAGGACUUUCUGAGCAGCAAUGAAGACAUGGGAGAUGCAGUUCUGGACUGACUCUCAAACAGAAGGUUCUUUCAUAUGGAAAUGUAUUUUUAUAUUACAUUUGUACAGAAUUUUCCCUAUUUUGAUCUCCCAAAAUUUUUAGACCUGUGCAUUGCUCAGAUUUGGUUUCUUUUGUGAGUUGUUAUAAAACAUGUAUUUUGUUUGGUAAUGUAUUAUAAAUGUAAAACUGCAUUUUGCUUGUCUAAUAAAUGUGCACUGUGGCGGUAUCUGUUUUAUUGUUUUGCUAACUUGAAUUCAUUCUUAAUAUGAAAAGACAAAACUUGAGUCAUUGUCAGCAUAAAUGUGUGGAGUGCAUUUACUAAAAAGGGCUUAAGAAGCAGGUAAUAGCUAAGUAUACUUGUUGAUAACAAAAGUUAGAGUUCAGUAAGGUGCAGACUAGUAUAUAGCAUUCCCAGGAUUCUAUUAAGAUUACAGUCUUAAGAUACGUGAGGGUUGAGGGUUCUGUCAUCUUGUUCCCCAUUACUUUUGGUUAUGGGUACUCAUACUAAAGUGAGUCUAAGACAUAGUAAGUGCUAUCUGAUAACCAAAGUAUGUAUAAGGAGAUGAGAAGGUCUGAGAUUUUGUGUUCGGGUGUGUUGAAGAAAUAAGUGUGGCAGAAAUAUUUACAAUGAACACGAAGAUCAUUUUGAAAAGGAUUGAGAAUAGAUUCAAGGGUGCGGAUUUAGAGACUCUUAGAGUUUCUCAGAGCUUUGUUUUGCCCGGUGAUAGCACUGAAUAACAACAUUGUUACAGCUCUAGGGGACCUGCUGGAAGCAUUUUAGGGGAUAACUUGAAGCAUCUCCACUUGUGAAUAGGCGUGUGGAUAACUUUGUUGCAAACUUUUUACUUCAUUUUGACCUGUUUUGUAAGUUGAUUGUUUUAAGUGCAAAGAGGAGGAAAUGUAUUUUUCUAGAAGAAUGAAUGUACCUGGGAUUUAAACGCUACAUAAAGCAUUUAAUGAGAAUGAAGGAGUAUCUUCCUAUGGAAUAUAUUUCAGUGAAGUUGUGUCAAAAUGUACUUCCUUUG